UGUUGUAGGACACCAUUCAAUGUAACACUCAUUACGUUCAACUGGUUCAACUUUGUGGUGUCACAUGCUAAACUGUUCGGCCACAGCAAUGGAGGUUAGACCAAACAGAGGCAGGGGAGGCAGUUGGAAAAGAGGUGGUCGGGGUGCAAACGACAGCGACAGCUUUGGCGGUGAACACCGGGGCAGAGGGAGAGGAGGCCGCGGCCGGAGUAAAAGAGACCACUACCGCGGUCGUGGACGCGGGGGAAGCGCCCAUGCAGCGGUGUUCCAGCGCGGGGACCAAGAUGAAGGGGACAACUCUGAGGGGGAAGGCGACCGGAUGGAGGUGUUCUCCAGGAGGAAACUGGAGUCAAACUGGGACCGUUAUGAGGUGUCCGAGAGACCGGAACCUGACGAAGACAUGCCCACACAGAGAGGAACGGACUACCACGUCCUGCUGGGGUCAGCAGGGGAUUCGUUCACUCAAUUCCGGUUUUCAGAAGAAAAACACUGGGAGAUGGACUCGUCUGCAACCAGUCAGAUGUCGUCCGUGUUCGUGGACCUCCCGGCCCUCGCUCAGGUCCUUCAGGGGGUGCCCCUCCAUCAGAGACUGGACCUGGAGGCCGAGCUGCAUCAGGUCUCUACUCCAGUGGAGCUGCCCACUGUGACCAUCGCCCCCAAACCGGAGGUCCCCAAACCGGAGGUCCCCAAACCGGAGGUCCCCAAACCGGCCCCCUUCACUCCUCCGUCUGCACCUUUAAUAAUCCCCAGCACCAACCAGAGAGUCCCCGUGGUUCCAAACCCCGCGUCGGGCUCCGACUCGCAGGUUUCCUCCAGCGCUGCAGCGCCGCCGGAGGAUGACGAUGGGGACGAAGAGCUGGACCAGCUGCUGGGUUUACAGAAACCAGUCUCGGGUGUUUCAGGAAACCAGUUGGUCCGUGUCGCCGACGAGCAGAGUGCAGUUCCAGAGAACGCCGGUAUGGAAGUGAAGGACGUGGUACCAGAGGCAAUAGAAAAGAAGAUUGAGACAAAAGACAAAGUCAUUACAACUCCUAAGUCUGCGUCCGUCAGGCAGGAAAUGACCGAGGAGGACCUGGAGAACUGGCUCGACAGCAUGAUCUCCUGACCCCCAAGCACCAAGGAAAGGACUUGACAAACUGGACUUUGGUUUGGAAUUCAACCUUGAAAACCAAUUAUAAAGUGUACAUGUUGGACAGAUGUUUGUUGAAUGUUGGAGUUCCUCUUUCACCUGGGCUCUGCUUUAUACUUAUUACAACGUUGUGGUCAUAUGUUUAAAAGACCGUACAUGUUUGUGAUAUUGUGUCCAAAUGUACCUGCUGCACAGGUUUCAGAUGAAGAAUUCUCUGUUCAUCAUGAAAGUUACACAACACUGUCAGAGGAACUCGGCUGAAAUAAAGGGACGGACAGAUAGUGAAA